CCCAUGGUACAAUAUGCCCCCUAAUAUUAUUACCUUGUCUAAUAACCGUUAGAUCAAUAUUAUAAAACAAUCCAACGAUGACUGCUCAACUACCCUUCUUAACUCAAAAUAUUUAUUUGAGUUGAAUGAAUCUGUUCUAAUCCAAUCUUCAAUCAACUGACUAUCAAAAAAAAAAAAAAAAAAAAAUCUCCAAUGAACUCGUUUGCGUUGCCUGCCAUGGAACCUAACAGUAGCAAAGAGCACAUAACCCGAGUUCUCUUCUGUGGACCUUACUUUCCCGCUUCACACAAUUAUACACGAGAAUAUUUGCAAAACUACUCCUCUAUACAGGUUGAUGAUGUUCCUCUUGAUGUUGUACCCAAUGUUAUAGCAAACUACCACAUUUGUGUAGUGAAAAACAUGAAACUAGAUUCACAAAUUAUCUCUCUUGCGAAACAAAUGAAGCUGAUAAUGCAAUUUGGUGUUGGUCUUGAAGGUGUUGAUGUUGAUUCUGCAACGAAGCAUGGGAUCAAAGUAGCUAGGAUCCCAAGUGAUUCAACUGGUAAUGCAGCUGGAUGUGCUGAAAUGGCUAUAUAUCUGAUGCUAGGCCUUCUUCGAAAGCAAAGCGAUAUGCAAAAUUCCAUAAAGCAGAGAAAGCUUGGAGAGCCUGCUGGUGAAACACUACUUGGAAAAACAGUAUUCAUAUUAGGAUUUGGCAAUAUUGGAAUUGACUUGGCAAAGCGCUUGAGACCAUUUGGUGUGAAAAUUAUUGCUACAAAAAGGAGCUGGACUUCACAUUCUUUGGAAUCUAAUGGUUCAAUAUAUGGCAGCGAUGAUUUGGUUGAUGAGAAGGGAAGUUAUGAAGAUAUGUACAAGUUCGCGGGCAAGGCAGAUAUUGUUGUUUGCUGUUUGUUGUUAAACAACGAAACAGUGCACAUUGUAAACAAGUCAUUUGUAUCUUCAAUGAAAAAGGGUGCUCAUUUGGUGAAUAUUGCCCGAGGGGGACUCUUGGACUAUGAAGCUGUUUAUCAGAGCCUCAAAUCCAACCAUUUGGGAGGCUUGGGUAUUGAUGUUGCUUGGACCGAGCCAUUUAAUCCCGAUGAUCCAAUUUUGAAGUUCCAUAAUGUUCUAAUCACACCUCAUGUGGCAGGUGUUACGGAAUAUUCUUACAGAGUCAUGGCUAAGGUCGUUGGUGACACUGCAAUUCAACUUCAUGAAGGAAGAACUCUGUCACAAGUAGAAUUUGUCAAUUGAAUGGUUUGGAGAACGAUUUCUUAUUCAAGCAAGUAGAUCCAAAAAUUGUUCAAGAUAAUAAUGGUCAUUAGUCUUCUCUAUACAAAUAAAAAAAAUAACUUUAUUAA